AUGGAAAAUGGGAAUAUUAAUUAUGACCAUGUUGGGAAUGAUCCAGUAAUUCAGGCUCUAUUGAGGGCUUUGAAUAGGGUUGCUAAGGCUCCAAUAGGAGGUGUUAGUCGUGGGACGAUUGCUGAAAGGCUCCGUUCUAGUGUGGUAGAAUUGUUUAGGGGUAUUGCCGGAACUACUCCUAUUGUGGCUGAGUACUGGAUGGAAACCACUGAAAGAAUUUUGGAGGAUUUAGAAUGCACUCUUGAGCAGAAACUUAAGGGCGUCGUGUCUAUGUUAAGGGAUGAGGCAUACCGAUGGUGGCAACUAGUGGUUAGAGGAAUGCUACCAGAACGUAUUGAUUGGGCUUAUUUUCAGGAGGCCUUUCAGGGAGACAAGACAGUUUCUGAGUAUAAGGCGGAAUUUCCUAAACCUAGUAUGGUGGCGUCUGAGCAGGAAAAGAGUUUCCAUUUUCAGGAAGGUAUAAGGUAUGACCUCAAGGUUCAGGUAGCUCCACACCAAGAGACUGUGUUUGAGGCUUUGGUCGAGAAGACCAAAAUUAUUGAGGAGAUUAAAUGCGUGGAGUGCAAGAGGAAAGGGAAACAUAGGGAUCAUCCCAAAAGAGAAAUGGGCCCUACUAGCCCAAAUCCGUGA